AUGGCAAUUGCUGAAGUAAUUGUUGGGGCAUUUGUUACUGUGUUAUUUGAAAAGCUUGCAUCUGAUGACUUGAUCAUGCUUGCUCGAUCAGCAGGUAUCUAUUCUGAACUCAACAAAUGGAACGACAAAUUGUUGCAGAUCCAAGCUGUCCUUGUUGAUGCGAGUCACAAGCACUUAAGACAGGCAUCUGUUCAGUUGUGGCUUAACAAACUCCAGCAUUUGGCUUAUGACAUAGAUGAUGUACUCGAUGACUUGACCACCGAAGCUGCACGGCGGCACAUGAAUGAAGAAUCAUAUGCCAGUACCAGCACUAGUAAGGUAUUGAAGAUUAUUCCAACCAAAUUUCAUGCUUAUAAAUAUGGUCGUAAGAUGGGCUCUAAGCUCUACAAGAUUACAACCAAAUUGCAUGAUCUUGUCGAGGAGAAAAACCUUUUGGGUUUGACUGAUAAUGUUGGAAGGUCAAGUUCAACAGUCAAAAGGUUGGAAGAAACUUCACUAGUUGAUGUACCUAGCAUUGUGGGUCGGGAAGGGGAUAAAGAGCUAUUGCUGGGGAAGUUGUUGGGAAAUGAAUCAUGUAGUCGAAACUUCAGUGUCGUUUCCAUUGUUGGUCUCGGUGGCAUCGGUAAAACCACUCUAACUCAAGUUUUGUACAAUGAUAAGGAAGUGAAGGAUCACUUCGAACUCAAGUCAUGGGUUUGUGUUUCUGAUGAGCUCGAUGUGUUUAGCAUUAGCAUGGCUAUUUUUAUAGAUGUGGGUGGGGUAGACACAAAUUUUAAAACUCUUAAUCAGCUUCAAGUAGCGCUUUCAGAAAAACUCUCCAAGAAAAGGUUCCUACUUGUUCUAGACGAUGUCUGGAAUGAAGACAGCAACCAGUGGGAACUCCUCCAACGCCCUUUUUCUGUAGCGGCACCUGGAAGUAAGAUUAUUGUCACAACAAGAAAGAAGAAGGUUGCAACAGUUGUAGACUCCACUCAGGCUUAUCCUUUAGAGAUUUUGUCAAAUGAGGAAGCUUUAUGUUUGCUUGCUCAAAAUGCCUUGGGUAAAGAGAACUUUGAUUCACAUCCAACAUUUAAAUUGCAUGGUGAAGGUAUUGUGAAUAAAUGUGGAAGACUUCCUUUGGCGUUAAUAACAAUUGGAAGGGUGUUGAGAUCAAAAACAAAUUAUGAAGAAUGGGAAGAAUUGUUGAAUAGUGAAAUUUGGAAUUUACUCAAUGAAGGUAAUAUUCUUCCGGCCCUAAGGCUAAGCUACUAUGAUCUUCCUCCGCAUUUGAAGCAAAUGUUUGCUUAUUGCUGCUUAUUCCCCAAAGAUUACGUAUUUGACAUAGAUGAACUUGUCCUACUUUGGAUGGCAGAAGGGUUCUUGCACGGGUCAAAUUGCAAUAUCUCAAUGGAGAAGUUUGGCCAUCAAUGUUUUAGAGAGCUAGAAUCAAGAUCGUUUUUCCAGCAUUGCUCAAGUGAUAAAUCACGAUACACAAUGCAUGACUUGAUUAGCGAUUUGGCAAUGAAUGUUGCUGGAGAUUUUUUUUAUGCAUUAGGUGAUAAGAUGGGGGAUGACGAUGGAAAGGAAGUUUUGGAGAAGAUCCACCACUUUUCUUUUGUUCGUCAACAAUAUGGAGUAUAUAAAACGUUCAAGGCAUUACAGAGGGCUCGAGGCUUGAGAACAUUCUUACCAAUGUCGGUAAGGAUAGAUAGAUGGCAAAGUUUCUAUUUAUCAAGCAAGGUCCUUUCAGAACUACUUCCCCAACUACAGAUUUUAAGGGUGCUAAGCCUAGCUAAUUAUGGAAUCAAAGUAGUACCAGAGUCCAUUGGCAGUCUCAAACAUUUGCGGUACCUCAACCUUUCUAAGACUGAUAUCACAUGUUUACCGGAACAAGUCGGAAACUUGUGCAAUCUACAGAGCUUGUUGCUUUUUGGUUGUCAUCGGUUAUCUAGCUUGCCACACAGUCUCAUAAAGCUGAUAAACUUGCGACAUCUUGAUAUUAAUUAUACGCCGGAGUUGAAGGAGCUGCCUUUUGGGAUUGGUGAAUUGACUGGUCUACAAACUCUAUCCAAAGUUAUUAUUGGGGAUGCUAAUGGGUUCAAAAUAUCCCAUCUUAAGGACCUACCACAUCUUCAAGGUCGUCUUACCAUUGAAGGACUGCAUAAAGUGACAGAUUUAACCGACGCCAAGGAAGCCAGCUUACAUCAAAAAAAGGGUCUUCAUGAUUUGGAGAUGGACUGGGGUAAUGUCUCUGAUGUUUCUCGGAAUGCAUUUGAAGUGCUUGAAGAACUAAGGCCUUUUGAGAAGCUAAGCAACAUCAAGAUAUCGAACUACACAGGAACAAAGUUUCCUAAUUGGCUUGGGGAUCCCACAUAUGAUUGCUUAACCCAAAUUAUGUUAUCUGGCUGUAGAAGUUGUACAUGCUUACCAACACUUGGACAUCUACCGUCACUUCAAAAACUAUUCGUUGAAAGCAUGAAUGGGUUGAAGAGGGUGGGUUCAGAGUUACUUGGUACUGCAUCUGGUGAUGUAUUUCCGUCACUUAAAGUUUUGGAGUUCAAGAAUAUGGAUGGUUGGGAAGAGUGGUUAACUGUAGAUGGUGAUGGCAAAGAUGGAAUUGCUACAUCAUUUCCUUGUCUUAGUCGGAUUUCUAUUAUAAAUUGUCCGAAAUUAGAUGUAUUAACAAUCGAGCCAAUACAUUCACUUCAGGAUCUACAUGUAGAAAUAUGUUCAGCAAGUGUGUUAAGAAGCAUGAUAGGUGUGUCUUCAAGACUUACUAGAUUGACAGUGAGGGAAGUUAAUGGGCUUACUACUCAACUAGAUGGAGAUGUACUAAAGAAUCUUAGGGCAGUAGAAUAUCUAAGCAUUUCAAGGUGCGAUGAACUCACAUACUUAUGGGAAUCAGAAGAUGAAGCAUGCAAGAUUCUUCGAAAUUUGCAGGAAUUGGAAGUAGAGAAGUGUAAGAACUUGGUAAGAUUGGAAGAGAAAAAAGUAGAUUUGAUGAUACGCAUGGAAUCUCUUAGAAAUGUAAGUCUUCAUGGUUGUGAGAGAUUGGAGAAUUACCAUUGUGGUUCUGAUAGUAUUGAGAGGCUGUGGAUAUCUGGUUGCGGUUCAAUGAAAUCAUUGACCUUCCCAGCAAGGGAUGAUCAAGACUUGCCACCCACUUUGAAGAGUCUUGGAAUUUGUGUAUGGAAGAAUGGGGAUGUGAAUUGGUUCCUUAGCCACUUCUUGUCAUCACUUACAUCUCUUCGCUUAACUACACUUCCAAAUUUGAGGUUCUUACCAGAAGGAUGCUUACUUCAUCUCACAAAGCUGAGUAUUAGUAAAUGUGAAAACAUUGAAUCCAUUCCAGAGAGAGGUUAUGGUUUUCUUCCCCAUCUUUGUUUAAGAUAUCUUUUGAUCCAUAACUGUGAGAAUAUAAAGUCAUUUCCACAUGAGCAAUUGCCACGUCUCGUAUCUUUGGAAGAGAUGUAUAUAGAGAAUUGUCCAAGCAUGGACAACUCCUUUCCUUGUGGUUUAUGGCCGCCUAAUUUACAUAAGCUGGUAAUAGGAGGAUUAAAGAAGCCGAUGUCAGAGUGGGGGGUGCAGAAUUUCCCGAACUCUCUUGUUAGUUUGUCGUUACAUGGUGAAAAUUCAGGAGUGGUUUCAUUUGCAAAUACUUCAUCAUCAUCAUCAAUGUUUCUACUACCAUCAUCUCUAACUUAUCUAUUCAUGGGAGAUUUUAAGGAAUUGGAAACAAUUUCAAGUGGAAUGCAACACCUCACCUCCCUUGAAAUACUAUCUAUUUGGAAAUGUCGGAGGCUAAGAGAUUUACCAGAGACAUUACUCCCUUCACUUUCAAGUUUGCAAGUGUUAUUUCCUUCCCAUGAACUGAGAAAAAAGUGUAGUAACGCUAGAAGAAGAAAAGGAAAAUACUACUCCAUAAUCUCUCAAAUCCCUUACCUUGAAACCCAAGAGUCUCGGAUGAGGAGAGAGCGAAGCUCAGAUAGUAAGUUGUUCUUUUGGAGGCGGGAUUAGUGAUGACGGUUUUACUUUCAAUAGAAAAAAACAUAAUAAUAAUACUCUGUAUCAAUUAGUGGGUUUAAUUUUGUUAAUUCUUUUUUGUUUUUGUUUGAAAUUAAGUUUACUUGUAAUGAGUUGUAUUUGAUUUAGCUUGAAAUGACUUUGUUUUUAGUUU